CGGUCGGUGGUCGGGUUUGUACGAUCAGAGAACACGCCAGUAAAAAAAGUUCGUUGUGCGAUCUUUCCUUUGCUCGACAAAUAAUACGUAUACGUAUUGUGCCCCCUACCGAAGGAAGGGCUGUGAUAUAUCAAAAAAGGAAUAACUAUUUAUAAAUCUACCAAUCAUGAAUGCAAAGUUCAAUCUGUGCCGGUGGACACUGCUGGUGAUCAGCGUAUUCUGUCUGCUGAAGGAGUCCUCGGGCAGCUUUUGCUCCAUGGAGAAGAUGAAGACGGUCGCGAUGGAGGCCUGCGAGCAUCUAUUUCAGCAGGACGAAGCUGCACGGCGGGACAAGCGGUCUAUAGAGUACAGCCAUCACCAUCUGAAUCGCCUGGGAUACGGCAAACUGCACGACAAGCAUCAUUACAUCACCCGGAGUAACUAUCCCAUGGGUGGCUAUCUGAAAGUGAAUCGUGACCAUUACCGCCGUCUCAGCGAGCUGGAUGUGGUGCCACGCUACAAGCCCAAGAAGAUCCAUCACGAGAAGAAGGAGCGCUUCAAGCGGGAUCAUGCCAGCAGCUCGUACAACAACAUCUCCUACUGCUGCUUAAACAGCUGCAACGAGGAGUUCUUCUGCUAGUUCUUCUUCUCCAUGGCCUCACUCCGUCCAUUGCCUAGAU